UCAGAUAGAUACACUACAAUGUCAACCAAUUAUAAUAAAAUCGAUAAUUCUCAAUCAAAGAUUGUUGAUGUAAAUUUGGUAGAAUCGGCAUUUGAUGGUAUAGAAUAUAAUUACAUUAAAAAUACAGAAAAAACUUCUGUGAAUGAAGAUAACAAGCCAUUAGAAUCUGACAAAAUAAACAUGAAUAAGUGUGUUGCAACAUCGAACUUUGACAGUGGCACUAAUGUUAAAGACUUGGACAAGAAAAUAGAUGUGUGUGAUAGACAAGUGGAUGGUGAAAUAGUUGAACAUGAAAAUGUAGAGGUACAAAAAGAAAAAUCUCAAGACAAUAUGAAUAAGAACCUAGCUGAGGAGAUCACGAAUGUUCGCGAUCAAUCUGAUGAUAACACAAAUAAAAUACCUAUAAAUGAAAGGAAAGAAUUCGCAAGAAAUGACUCGUUGCAAGAUGGAUCUUCAUACAAUGACAAACAUUCUCCAACCUCUGUAGUGAAUUCAAGUCCUGGAACGGCAUCUUCAUCUUCUAAUAAAGAUUUGAAAAAAGAAAAUAAAAUUUCAACAGAAUAUAUCAAAACGGUGUUUCACGUACACUUACCUCAAAAUAUUAAAGAAUUCGGCGUACCAGCUGUCGUUGGUAAUAUCAAGGAGUUAGGGAUUUGGGGUAAUCCGAUUGUCAAGCUUCAUCAAAUUUCUCGUCAUCUCUCCCCCAGUUGUGCUAAUACCUACUGGAUUUCCGAUCCCGUUCGGAUUUCUUUAAAAAAUAUCGAAUCUAUUCAGGAAAUACGUUAUAAAUAUGUGGUUGUUCCAGCACAGCAAAAUGCAAAAAAAACCAAAGAAGUCACAACUAUGAUCUCUGAAGGCUUUGCUGAUGUGACCGAACGUAUUCUUUUAUUGCAAAACAAUCAGUAUGAUAUAUGGACGGACGGUGAUUUACUCCAUAUUAGUCAAGUUGAAGAUUAUUAUUUUGCUGAGCUUAUAUUCAAUUCUAUAACUCCAGAAAAUUUUAAAGAAAAAAUUAUAGAAUAUCAAGCAAUUAAUAGGAAUCAUUGGCCAAAGACAAUCCAUGUAGUGUCGAUCGAGUUUUUUAUAAAAUGCUUACGUAAAAGUAAAUCUAAAGAGCAUCGUCUUUUAGUACUUGUCUUUUUGGGAUAUUAUGUUCACAGAAUUCAGGGACGUUCACGUCAUCGUGUUGAUUUACCAGACGAAUUUCCUACAAAUUUGUUACUUGAUGUAUUAGAAUCUGUUCAAGAAAAUACUUUUCCAUCUGAUGUGCAUCAAAUUGUUAUGAAAGCUGUGGAAACUUUAAUUCGUCAUAACGUUUUCAACGGAAAAUUUGACUGGAUUAAAAUAUUUCCCAUUGCUGAAUUGCUUGAUCCGGAAUUCAAAUUCGUCGAAUCUCUCAGGUUCAGAUUCGAUGAGAAGACCGAAUUGCAUUUUCUCGCUACUUUGCAUGACAAGGCAUUCCAUUACAUUGACCAAAUCAAAGAUUUAGAGGCCUAUGCUAGAGUUGGAAAGUGGUUAAUUUCAAUAUGUGAAACGAUGAAAUCACUAAUCUACCUUUGGAACAAUAUAAUUGAACAUGAUGAAAAUGUCAUAGUUUUACUUCACCACACAUUGUUAGAAAGAGUCCAAAAGAAUAUACGACUUAAGGAUAUUGUUCAAUUACAUGAGCUAUUCUUUGAACUUCCAGAAGACUUUGCUGAGUUAGUGGCGGAAGCAUUUCGAAAAAGAAUUAUUGUGCAUUUGCAAAAUAGUCUUAAAUUUCCAAAUUUGCCAUCAAAACAUUCAGAAGCAAUAUUUCAAUUUUUAGAUAGUGAAAAACUUUUUUGGACAUCCGAUGAUUAUAUUAAAAUAUUGAACUUAUUCUCUCAGUUCACUGACAUUCAAAUGUUGUACUAUUUUCAUAAACUAUUAAAAGCCUUUCAAGAUGAGUAUGAUGACCUCAAAGAAGAACGGGAGACCCUUUUUAAAAUUUGUAAAAAAUGGUAUGAACGCCUCUUGGAUCGUUUAACUACUUCAUCUCGUAUUCAACAGGAUACUAUCCUUUUGAUUUUCCAUCAUGCAUCACUUCUCCACGAGAGAAUUGGAAGACAUACAAUGCUCUGGAAAAAAAUAAUAGAACUCGCUGUCCAUAGUAUAAAACAAUUUCCCGAAAGUCUUGUUUUCAAAGCUAUACCAAGUGUUGAGAAGCUUCCUCCGGAAAUUGUUAUGCAUUUUCGUCGAAUAAUUGAAGAAAUGUUGACUGCUUCCACGCAACAUAUCGAUGAUCAAUUGAUCAUAAGAAUUAAGCAAAUUGGUGCUCUUUCAGGUGAACAACUUGUGAUUCCGAGCUCGCUAAGCGAAAAUUUGAUUUGUCAUAUUAUUGAAUGUUUGGAAAUAAAUCACCCAUCUUAUGAUACGGAUUUAGAUACAGCACCGGCAAGUUUUCACCUAUCUCUUCUUAGUGCAGCGAAUUUUUGGAAAAUGAUCUUGAGAGCUGAUGGUUAUGUGGGAAAGUUAAAUUCACUUCAUUACAUUAAGAUGGUUAAAAGAGCGAUUUCACAAUUGGGUCUUGAUAUAAUAAAAGAAUCAAUUGAUAUUUUUCUCUUACAAAAUAUUUGCAAAUAUGAUGACGAUUUUUUAUUUACAUAUUUUGAGUCUGUAUCAAUACUCGAUGAUGAAAAUGUUGAGGUACAUGUCACAAAAGAAAUUUUAGAAUCAAUUAAGGAACAAACCAGAGAAUAUUUGCAAACAUUUGAGCAUCUUAAUGCUUUCUAUGUACGAUAUUGUUCGGUCACUAAGGUCAUAGAUGAACAUGACUAUAUUAGUCUUUUACAUGAACAAAAGAACAUAUGGGAAUCAAUUUCACUUGACCAAAUCCGGCGUCCAGAAAUAUGGGAGGAUCAUUAUGAGAUUUUAGAUGUUGCCAAGAAAGUUUACAAAUACAAUAAAUCCCAAACAUUUUAUAACGUUUUUGAAAAAAUUUUGCAAGAAAUCCCGUAUGAAAUAAAUGUACAAACCCUUGUACAAGACAUUAUGCCAGAAGUUUUUGAAUCAUACGUUAAAGAUUGUUCUAAAUUUCAAAAUUGGGAAGAUCUUCAAUUGACUUUCGCAGCAAUGUUUUGGAAAAAAGUCACAAAUAUCAACAUUGAGCUUGAAUUCAUGGCUGAAUUUAUUCCCAAGAAUCAAGAUCAAAAGUACAUGAUGACCCUUAAUUAUCUUUCUGAAAUUUUGAAAAUAACACAAAAGUUACAUCAACUAUCAACUGUGUUAGAAAUAUUUAACGUGCCUCGGAGUGAACAGGAUUGGCUCUCAAAAGCUCUUAGUGAUCUUGAAGAGCAAUCAAUCUUUUUAGGUCAAUUAAACUCUGUAUUUGAUACUAUUAGUAAUUAUCUUGACAUCAUUGAUGAAAAUGGCUGGUCAUUAAUUAAAGAGCUCUCAAUUGCUGAAGACUUUAUCAUUUUUCUAAGAUCUAUUGCGGAGCACGAUCUUAAAAAUCUUAUAAAUGGUGUCGAUGAUCAUUCAGAUGAACGAUUGAUUCAGGAAGACACAGUUUCAUCUCUUAUUCAGGUUAAACAAUUUUUGUUUCCGCUAUUGAAUGCUGCACCAACCUUAACCUUGGAUACAUUUUUACAAGAAUUAUUUAAAGUCAUUGAAUUGAAUCCAACACUCGCAACAAAAGUUACAUUAUGCAAUAGCAACAAUAUGGCAUUACAAAAUAUGUAUGCAAACAUUAGUAACAGAGGAGAGGUGACUAAAGAAAAGAUUCGAAAUGCUGUUAAAAUUGGAACUUAUAAAUUUGAAUGGAAAUCAACAGAUAAAAAAUGUUCAGUGAAUUUAUCAUAUCCAAUUACAAAAACAAGAAUUGUCACAUAUAAUUUUAAUGAUUUGCAAGAUUUGCGAGGACGAGCUCUUUUAAUUGCAAAACCAGAUAUCACAAUUAGGGAUUCGAACGAUGGGAACAAAGAAGAUAAAACAAAGGAUAUAAUGGAUGAAUUUGUACGUCAAGUGGAUAUAACUCAGGAUAUCGUUAAUAAUAUCGCCGCGAAAUUGAUUGAGGCCGGUCAUUUUGGAUAUAGAGAGUUUCAAACUUCAGUCAAAGGGUCUGAAAAUAUGAUUCAAUUGGUCGAAAAAUUAAAAGCGGAGCUUAGAAAAUGGGAAAAUUUAGUGAAUAAAGCACAGGAAAAUAAUUACUAUCUAACAUUCUUUCCAGCACGACAUAUCCUAGAAUUUUAUGAUUUUUUCACAAGUCGUUCACCUAGCAAUACUAAACUAUGCCAAAUACUCGUUAAAUUUGUAAACCCGAAUGCCAAACUACAGACUAGAGACAGAGCUUUAACAAUUGCUCAAAUCCGAAAGGAUUCACAUCUUCAGAUAUUGAAUGAUAUUGGAACUAAACUGCAACAUAUUUUUGAACCGCCAAAAGCUCCACGUCUCCUAAAAACCCCAAUAGAACGCGUAGCAUCAGAUGUUGUGAGUCGUGGAAAGCUAUUUGUUGCCGCAUGCAAUGACAAGUCACGUGUUCCAAACAUUAUAAUGUCGUUGUAUGCAAAUCAUGGAUCGUUUCCUGAGCCUUGGCAAAUCCUGAUUUGUACUUCUUCCACAACUUCGGAAGAACUUUCAAUAUUUAUCAAAAGAUGUUUUUUGGCUUUUAAUAAAGGAUACAAAAACCAUUUGUUUUGCAUGGCAAAUUUGGAAUUACUUGACUUUGAAUUACAAUACAAUUUAGUGAACAAGAUUCGAUCCAUGCGAGAAAAAGAGCCCAAUUACUUCCUAGCGUUAAUCUGCUAUUCUGAAGGUGGAAUGCAACAUCACAUAUUGGAUCAAUUUUCACAAGAUGUUCACCCAACAAACGGUCUAAGUUCUAGUGCAAUGUCAACUAUUUAUCAAAAAUUAUGUUCUAAUGUUACAUGCGUGUCUUCGGAUCUUUCAGGUCAGGGCAAAACGGAAUGGAUUAGGCGACAGUGCUUUGAAAAUAAUAAACUUCCAAAGAGUUUUCUCAUUAGUGAUGGUGCUGAUUUUGGAAAGCUUGUUAGACAAUUAAAAGAGUUUACACUUAGACCAAUAGAAUGCGUGCAUAUAAAUAUAAUUUCAUCAGAUUAUCCCGGUGAUGUUAAUUUGUUUCUUUUUGAACUUUUAAGUUUUGGAAUUGUAUCUAAUAAUGCUGAUAUAGCAAGCCUUCCUCGCGCAUCCAUCAUACCUGUAUAUAUUGAGAUUGCAUCGAGCUUCCAACAGCAUUUACUAAGAUCACUUCCGAUGAUGGAUUAUUUGCCGAAACAUCAUAUUACAUGGAAUAUUGAUAAUUUGAUAAUCUCACGAGAUAUUAAUAGUCCCAUGCAAAUAGUAUGUCAUUAUUUAUUUGCACUUCAUAUGAUUCAGAUUGAUACAAAAAACAUUUCGUUCAUGGAUACAAAUACAAAAAAUGAUGAAACCUGGGAUGCACAAUGUCGAGAACUUAUAAAUCGAUAUUUCUUUGAAGACAAUAAUUCAGAAGAAAUACUAUCAUUCCGAUUUUUGGAAAUUUUUAUUAAUGUCUUUGCUAAUCAGUUGAUUCGACUAUCUUCAAGUUCAUAUUUCAAAGUUGAAAAUUUAGCUUUAAUGCUUGAAGAAGAAACAAAUAUUAGGACGACAUUAGUAGAAACGUUAUUAGAAGUAUCAAAGGAUUUCGCCAUGAGAUCAAUUCAAACGAAAUCAGCACAAUUAGAGGCAACUUCAUUUGAUGGCAAUGAAAGUACACAAUUAAGUACAAUUAUGAAGUGGGAUGAUUCAAAUCAUUUAUUAGUAUUUUUUUUAUCACAAGCACCAGAUUCUAUUUGUGCCUUGUAUCGCGAUAAGGAAAAAGUUCCCGAAAAUGUCCAAACUUUGCUUAAAAGCCAAUUUAUCGCACAAAAUUUGGAACAAUGGGAGCUGGAUGAUUAUUCGAAAUUGUCGGCCGAAGUUCUAUUGGAAAAAUUGGAAAGCAUUGCUAGAAAAACAUUUCAUAAGAUUGAAUAUACACCUUACGCAUUGUCUGCAGAUAAUUUGGUGAAGAUGGCAUUAAUCUUAUUGAGAACACGUGCAAAUAUUCCGGUCGUAAUUUCCGGAGAAGCUGGAUGUGGAAAGACAAGUUUGAUUGGAUUCUUGGCCGAAGUUGUCGGAGCUCAAUUCUUUGCUCUUAAUCUUCAUGCUGGCAUUAACGAACAAAUUAUUACUGAAUUUAUGACCAACGCCCGUAAUAAUGCCAAGAAAGGCGAAGUUUGGAUAUUUUUUGAUGAGAUUAAUACUUGCAACCACAUAGGUCUUCUUUCGGACCUAAUAGCUCAUAGAAUUUAUCUUAGCAACCCAAUACAUCACAACAUUCGAUUGUUUGCUGCGUGUAAUCCUUACAGGAUUCGCACCAAAAAUAUUAGUGAGGCUGGAUUACAAACUAAGAAAAUUAAGAAAUAUGAAGAACAAAGUAAUCUUGUUUACGAAGUAAAACCGCUUCCAGAUCAAAUCCUUGAUUAUGUCUGGGAUUAUGGUAUACUUCAACCAGAUGAUGAAAAACAAUAUAUUCAAAUCAUGGUAGCUACACAAUUAAAGGAAUUAAAUCACCCAGCUUUAGCUGAUCUAUUAUCAGCCUCCCAACAAUAUAUUAGAAAUGUAGAAGAACCAUAUAGCGUUAGUCUUCGUGACAUAAAGCGUGCAAUAAUUUUGAUUCAAUUCUUUUACGAGAGUUUACAAAAUCGUCCUCCAAUUCGCAAAAAUGUAUCGAAAUAUCCGCCGGAUUCACAUGUUAACAUUCGUUCAUAUAUUUUAGCAUUAGGACUUUGUUAUCAAUCGAGGUUGUAUGACCAAUUAUUACGCAAAAAAUAUAGAGAGAUUAUGUGUGAAAUAUUUAAAACUUACGAUGUUGACGUAGAUGAAAAAGAAUUCAUUAAGAUUAUUAGAGAUGAACAAGAAGAUUAUAUUAAUAGGAUGAUUUGUCCGCCAAAUACUGCAAAAAAUGAGGCGCUUCUGGAAAAUGUUUUAGUUAUGACUGUUUGUAUUUUAACUAGAAUACCUGUUUUUAUUAUCGGCGCGCCUGGAUCCUCAAAAUCAUUGGCCAUUCGCCUUGUUGGCCAAAAUCUGCGUGGGUCCGAUUCGAAUGAUGAAUACUUUAGGAAAUUGCCACAGGUGUACCUUAUUCCUCAUCAAGGUUCAUCAUCUUCAACAUCCGAGGGAAUUUUAAAGGUUUUUCAAAAAGCUCAAAACUUUCAAGAGACAAGUUCAAAUGAAUUUCCCGUAAUCAGUGUAGUUCUAUUGGAUGAAGUAGGACUGGCUGAGACAAGUCCAUUUAAUCCGUUGAAGGUACUUCAUUCGUUAUUGGAACCAAGUUAUAAAUCUAGCCGUCCUAGCGUUUCUGUUAUUGGAAUAAGUAAUUGGAGAUUGGACAAUAGCAAAAGUAGUAGAGCUUUAUUAGUUCAAAGGUUUGACUUAGAUGAUCUGGUGGAUACUGCAGUUCGAAUAUUGGACAAUAAAAUUUCUGACCAUAUUCAAAAAGCAUCUUUAUACCCACUCGCAAAAGCAUAUUCCAUUUAUGAGCAAGAAGGUCAAAUUAUUCCAAACUUCCAUGGCCUAAGAGAUUACUAUGCUUUCAUUAAAUCCCUCUCUUUGAAUGAUCUAACUCCAGAAAAUAUUCAAAUAUCCCAAAAUAAUGUCCUACGUACCAUACAAGAAACUCCUUCACCAAUAAAAUCACUGGACUCGUGA